AAAUCCUUUUUUUUGUCUGUAAAUUUUAAAAAUAAAUCUCUAUUAUAAUCUAAUGUAUUGUGAAAUUGUUUUCUCAAUCCAAAUUAUUACUAAAAAAAUAAAAAUAAAAAAAUUUCCGCAAUUAGGGAUACAAGUGGCGGUUACUUGCCGCCAGUCCUCAAUUCUUUGACACUUGUCCUUAGAGGGGGACAUUAAAACGAUACAAAAUUGAAAUUACCAAAAUGCCCAUGAGAUUACAUGUAAAAACGUGCCUAUCUCAAACGGUAUGUUCAGUCCAUUUCUGGCUCUUUCGUGCUUACUUCCCUCGGACUCUACGCCUCUUUUUCGCCCCCAAUACACCCAAAGUCACUCUCACUGUACUGCUCUCUCUCUCUCUCUCUCUCUCUCUCUCUCUCUCAUGCUUGAACAAUCGACGUGGUCAUUCUCAGUUUUUCCAUACUUGUGCGCAGUCCUAUCCUUCUAUCUCAUCCCCGAGAUAGUAUUUGAGUUUUCGUAAUUUUAUAUGGUAUAUACAAUUACUUUUUGAGUCAUUGGAAGGAUCUAAAUCCACUUGACCCACAUGCAGAUUUUGGGUAAUUUUUGUUUAUUAUUGAUUGCUUGCUCUGUUCAUGAUUUCUUUAAGAGAUUUUUGGAAAAUUUUCUGGGGUUCCUCUUGAUGGAAUAUGCUCCUAUUUUGAAGUUAUUCAAUGUGUUGGGUCUCUGUUUGUUGCUUGGUUUUGGGUUCAAGGUCUUGAAAUAUGGGUUUCACUGCAAGGCUUUGUUUCAGUUCCUAUGUGAUUUUAGAGGGAAAUCAAGGGAUCUGAGAAAUGGGUUUAGUUCAGAAAAUGGUAAGAUUUUAUGUUGCAAGUGUGGAUUAUUGAAAUUUAUAAAGAAUUCCGACACACCCCUGAUUGAAGAAUUGGAGGAAACUAAAGAAAUUGUGCACAGUAAUAGAGAUGUCAAAGCAAAGAUUAGUUUGGAUGAAAAUUUUGAUGAUGAUGAACAAGAGUGUAGUAAUGAUGAAGAUGAAGUAGUUGAUGUUAUGUCACUGAGAAAAUUGGUCAAGAUGGAAAGAGGCAGAGCAAAUGUUGCUUAUUCCGAACUUGUGAAGGAAAGAAUGGCAGCUGCCACUGCUGCUGAGGAGGCAAUGGCAAUGAUUUUGCGCCUUCAAAAAGAGAAGAGUUUGAUCGAAAUGGAAGCUAAUCAAUACCGUAGAUUGACAGAGGAGAAGCAAUUCCAUGAUCAAGAAGUAAUUGAGUCAUUGAGAUGGAUUGUAUUACAACACGAGUCAGAAAGGAGUCUUUUGGAAGAUCAGUUGAGAAUGUACAGUCAAAAUUUUCAGUUAUAUAUGAAGGGUGAUGAAGUGGAUGAAUCUCAUAGGGAUGUUGACAAUUCUAUCUGUUACAACAUUGAGGAUGGUCUUGGCGAUGGGCUAAUUAGCUCUCUUGACAUGGGUCUCUCACCACUGUAAGUUCUUGAGCAUUUCUUGUUUCAUAGAUUGAUAUUAGUUGUCUUAUCAAAGUGAAGAUAGCAUUUUGAAAAUAUACCUAGUGAAUUAGAAUUUUUGCAUUAUAAUGUACGUAUCUCCAAAAUUGUGUAUUCGUUUUAUUAUUGUAACAUUUGAAAUUUGAAACAGAAUAAUUAAUGAGGCGAUAGUAAUGAUGGAAUCGAAAUAUUGCAAUGCAUUUAUUCCCAUUUAGAAAUAUACUAUCUGUUUAUUUGGCAAUUGAUUAACUCUUUGAAUGGAGUCACUGUAAUAAGUUUUUCCUACGUCAAGAACACUCCAAAUUAUGGCUCUAUUUGUUUUCGUAGAAGUUGGAAGGGUGUAAAUUGAUUGGUUUUUGAUAGAAACUGGAAAACUUGGAAAUCUAAUGUGCUUAUAAUUGUGAUUUUCGGAGGACUGCCUCCCCAAAGAAAGGAAGUUUUUUUUCCCUUCAUUUGAGAGCAUUAGAGAAUUUUGCAUUGCUGAACCUCCAUUUGGAAUUUCAGAGAUACCUUUGGAGAGAAUUUUUGUUUAGAGACAACUAUUGUAUUUUAGGUGUGAAAUUCCAUUUCGGCCAAACUAUCAAGUACUUGUGUUGCAAACUCAAGGGCAGAGCGAGGUAGCUGCAAACAUCUCUUUGAUCUACUUUCUCCCAUAGUAGCAGGUUUUUAGAUGGAGACAUAAAGAAGGACACCCACAACCGAUUAGACUAUGCCAAUAGUGGGGCUUUUAAGCCACGAGAAAUCAGUCUAUUUUAGAAAAACUUCUAUGAUCGGCAACAGGAAGGGCAAUAAAUGAUUCGUAAUCCUGCUUCGUUGUUACAGAAGAUCUUGCUCACUCAUCGUAAGACAGAGUCUUGACAUGGAUUAAGGACCAGUGAUGAGAUAUUUAUCCCUAACUACUGUGUAGAUGAGUUCAAAUAUGGCAAUUGGAAUAACUUAUAGCAGUCCUUUUUCAUUUGGGUCUCUGAAUUAAGAAAUGAAAAACCAUAUUUUAUACUUGGGAAUGUAAAUUAUAUGAGAUACUCUUGCAACGAAGGGGUUUGCUAUUUUUUAUGCUCAUAA